UCAAUGACCAUGUUAGCAUAUUGAGCAAAGAGUCAAGUAUAAUCAACUAAAUUAUUGCAUAGAUAUAAGUUAUAAGCAUGGCAUCUAAGCAACAAAAACAAGAGCUUGAUGAAAGGGCAAAACAGGGAGAGACUGUGGUCCCUGGUGGAACUGGUGGCAAGUCUCUUGAGGCUCAGGAGCAUCUUGCUGAAGGAAGGAGCAAGGGAGGGCAAACAAGGAGGGAGCAGUUAGGAACAGAAGGAUACCAAGAGAUGGGUCGCAAGGGUGGAUUUAGCACCAUGGAAAAAUCUGGAGGAGAGCGUGCUGAAGAGGAAGGCGUUGAGAUUGAUGAGUCCAAGUUUGUCACCAAGAACCUAAACAAGUAUCCUGAAUAUCAGCAUAUCGAAUCAAAGUACAACAUGUUGUCCCUUCUUAGUUCAAACAGUAUACAAGUUAUAAGCAUGGCAUCUAAACAACAAAACCGACAAGAGCUUGAUGAAAGGGCAAAACAGGGAGAGACUGUGGUCCCUGGUGGAACUGGUGGCAAGUCCCUUGAGGCUCAGGAGCAUCUUGCUGAAGGAAGGAGCAAGGGAGGGCAAACAAGGAGGGAGCAGUUGGGAACAGAAGGGUACCAAGAGAUGGGUCGUAAGGGUGGAUUCAGCACCAUGGAGAAAUCUGGAGGAGAGCGUGCUGAAGAGGAAGGCGUUGAGAUUGACGAGUCCAAGUUUACCACCAAACCAAAACAAGUAGUAUCAUCAUCUUAUUAUAAUCCUAAUCAUGUAUGCUAGCUUCUAAUGUAUGUGUGCUUAAUUUAUUAGUACUAGGUAGUGAAGCUUAGGGUUAAUAUAUAACAAGGUAUUUAGGUCCAGUGUCUAGAGUUCUCUAAUAAUAACUGCUAGCUAGCAUAUAUUGACAGGUUAUGCUUAUUAUUACUAGUGCUUCAGUUGUUAGCCUUUGAUAGUAGGAGUAUAUGGUUUGUCUGUAAUGAUGUGUUUAAUGAUGUAAUGACAAAUCUAAUAUUUUCCUUUAGAGAGUUGAAUCGUGGUUUAUGUUGUA